ACCUGUUAUAUAUAAUUAACAUCUCCCCAACGCAAAAAAAAAUACAUCUUGAAAAUAUGUCAGUUGCCUAUAAAUCAUUGAAACUACAGUUGCACAUUUAGCGUGCCUCGGAUGGUAUUCCACUCUCCUUUGCAGUUGAAGGGUGCUGUAUUUGAAUAUGGGCAGCUUAAGUUUCUUGAAUUUUAGGUUUUGGAAGCCUUUUUUCCCCCAGAAUUGUGUUAAAUAGUAUCCCACUUCUAGAAAGAUUAUAUAUAAAAGGAAUAAGUUUAUCUUCAGUGUCAGAUUUUUAGAGUACCUAAUGGUUAAUGCCUGAGGUACGUGUCAUUCAUGGGUAAGAAAGUUCGCCCGAGGGAGAAGCCUCGAGGGCCCCAUUCUUACCCACAAAAGUCUUAUUACGAUUCGCCUUGAGUAGAAGCACCCCCUCACCAGUUGAAAAGAGACAUGUUGGUAGGGAGUUUCAUUUUGUUGGAAGAAGCGACGCAACCGUAAAACGUGUACUUCAUACUGCUUGAACAAAGGAAGUGCAAUUCCGACCAAAGGAGCCUCCAUUGCGAGGAAACGUGCGCCCUCUCUUGGUUCAGCUCGGGGCUAACGACUUCACCACCAGGGACUAUAUGCUAAUUACCCCUAUUUCCACCGCUCCAUUAUUCUGCACUGAUAGAGCUCUUUGUUUUGUGAGGAAUGCAAGGCUUUCGCUAUAAGGCCAUUCCUUGGUGCAAAUGUUAUAGUCGAGAACUUCUCAGGUGUGCAGUGCUGUUACGUAACAACAGAUUCUGGAUAGCGGUAGAAUUUUUAGCCACACCCACGAUCCCUUAAUCAUUUGGACAUUGCACCUCGACAUGGCGUGAGACAGCCAUGGUGAUUUGGUUUGCUGUUCAGAGACACUGACGACCAUUACUCAUUGGGCGUAAAUUAUAUCAUCAACGUGUUACAUCCAAUUAGAAUAGAACCAGCCGAUUCUCCAAGGCUCUGGGUCCUUUUUUGGCCGCUUGACUUCGCCCUGGAAGAAAAGACCGUUAGGUGACACGUGGAGUGAUGGCAAGUGAAUUAAGUUCCCGGGUAUCGUGUUGAAGCGGGCAUAAUCGCUGAGUGUUACUGAGAACCUUGCCGUCGGUAACGUAUUGCAGUUGGGAAUGUGUUGGACAUUUGUGGACAAAUUUUCUUGAAUGUGCGUCAACCGACCGUGUUUUCCUUGGGAAGGUUACGUCAGUGACUUGCUGAUAUGUACUUCAGUGAGAGUGAGUGCAGGCAUGGAAGUGUGGUGCUGGGUUUUGCGAACGGAAGUCUUGUUACAAGUGACGGAUGACGAGGCACUUUUGAUGAAGUCGCGAUCCCCAGCUGAUCCAGGCUCAGAGCCCCUCGGCAGUUAUCCGUUUGUCACGCUUCCGUGCUUGGGGUACAGGGAUACGUCACAGAAAAAAGUGUGACAAUUUAUUUCUUGUUAUUUGUAAGCUUUGCUGUCAAAAUUAGUUGAAAGAACUGAUUUUGUUGUAAUUCAAAGAGGGGGUGUAACCCAAACAAUGGAACAGCCCGUAUGCGGUUGGAUCUGCAGGCUGACCAGCAACGCGAAAAGUGCAGCGGCCCUUAUCUCGCCGGCCUAAGUGUAGACUAGCUGUGCCUCGCUUGUUCAAAUAAUGCUGGUAGUUUCGCACCCACGGCAGAAUGCCUUCCUCUUGAUAGCCUAUUUCAGAUUGUAGGCGAUACUUUUGGCCAGUCUGCCAUAAAUUGUCAGCUGACGUGUUUGAUACUUGUGCAUACUAGUUUGGCAGGUCAUUUCAUGAAGCGAGGCCGUUUCUGGGAGUCGUGGUAAGUAGGCAAAUAUCGCUGUGUACUCGUCGUGCGUGCCUCCAAAUCGUGCACACGGCUGGGUUCUAAGUCCACCAUGCGUGAACUUGAAGCGUAGUAAGGUGUACCAUUCCUCCAUGGGUAUGGGUAUUGCUGAUCGGGAAGCCCACACCUGCAGUUGACGACGUCACAAUCGUUGCCUUUCAAAUACAUGUAAAUGUUAACCGCCCUUGUGCAUGAUUGAUAUAGGUUACCAGUGACAUACUGGUAGUUGACUUUAAAACGUGGAAACAACCAUCGGGCUUGGUAUCUCAUUCUAUUUAAUUUUAGAGUUGUUUUAGUGUUAUCAAAGCUUUUUCAGGUAUUGACGACCUGUGUGGAGACUCAUGUCAUCAGUAAGGAAAAGCUUCAGGCUGCCCACUGCGCAGUUGGGACCUGACACGGUGGCGAUCGUCACUGGCGCUGCAGAAGGACUUGGCAAGGGAUUCGCGGAAUGCCUACUCAAGAAAGGCGCAAAGGGUGUCUGCCUGUCGGAUAUCAAUGAACCCAAAGGUCAGGAGACACUUCGGCAACUGGUUGCUGAGUUCGGACAAGAUCGGGUCAUGUUCGUCAAAUGUGACGUCACCUCGGACUCGGACAUGGAAGCUACAUUCUCCAAGACGAUCGAGAAAUUCGGCCGCGUCAAUGUAAUGGUGAAUAAUGCUGGCCUGGCCAAUGAAAGAGAGCCGGAAAUUUGCUACAAUGUCAAUAUUAUGGGCUUAACAAGAGGCACCUUCACUGCCAUUAAAUACAUGAGCCCCGAUAAUGGCGGGAACGGAGGCAAGAUCAUCAACAUUGCGUCUAUGGCAGGUCUUUGGCCCAUUUAUCUUAUGCCAGUUUAUUCCGCAUCGAAACACGCCGUCAUAGGAUUCACCAAAUCUCUUGCGGCCGAUCCUCAAUUCGCCUCAAAAGGCAUAACCUUUAGCAUCUUGUGCCCCGGCUUCGUUAACACGCGUAUCCAGGAGAAAGCACGCCCCCAAGAGUCGGACUUAAGGAAGAUGAUGAAGCUCCAAGCGAGACUUGGUGUAAUAGAGAUCAGUCAGGUUCAGGAUGCCUUUUUGCAACUCCUUCUGGACGAAUCGUGGUCUGGGAAAGUCAUGCUCGUCUCUAAACAGGAUGGUAUAAAAAGUGCUUUGUGAUAGUCCUCAGACACGUACAGCAAACCUACAAUGAGUCUACGAAUUUCGAUUGGCCAGUCUCCUGGCUUUAGCGAAAACAUUGCUUAAGGUAUUAUGUGUUCUUAGCAAUAAUUAGAUAGUAAUAAAGUCUCAAAAGUAUACUUUGCACGGGACAUUGGUUGGGAGCUUAGCUGUUUUGCUGAGCAAUUAUACUUGGUGCUUUUUAUGUAUAAAAAAACUGGAAAUCACUGUGUGAGAUGUAAUCUUAAAAUGUCGCCCAUCAAAGAUUUCGAGUUUCUCUCGCCCUGACCUCAUGAUGACAUUAUUACUGGGUGCCAGAUAUGUAAGUAGCUGUUGUCAUUUUGAAUACUUGGAAAAGAAUAAACAUUGACCGGGAAUGACCUUGUCUCGUUUUCGGAAUUCAA